GAUUAUGCCUUCUCUUUUACUCGUCAAAGAAAGCCCAUAUACUUUACUCGUCGCCCGUAAAGAAAAGCCGAGUCAAACAUACAUCAAUGGAAAAACACGCAACAUAGCCAGCCAGAUGUCACCACGCAAAUAAGAUGUUGUUCAUUAUUAUCCAAUAAAUUUAAUAAUUGUGAGAUCUUCUGAAUGACGGUUAGGACCUUGGAGUGUUAUCAAUAAGUGCAUUUGUGUUUAAGAUCAAAGAAAAAUGUCAGAAGAACAAGAAGAAAUUGUGAUUAACAAUGGUGCAGUGCCCACUGAGUCCAGCAAGGAAAAACGGAUAGGUUGCGCUCAUUACAAACGGCGCGCUAAAUUUGUGACACCAUGCUGCAAUAAAGUAUAUGUCUGCCGAUACUGCCAUGAUGAGAAUGAACAGCACUACUUCAACAGGAAGUCCGUCACAGAGCUCAUUUGCACAGAAUGUGAUAAAAGACAGAAGGUUCAAGAAGAGUGUGAGAACUGUGGAGUCCGGUUUGGAAAGUACACCUGUCUGAUAUGCAACCUGUUCGACGAUGAUGACAAACGGCAGUACCACUGCGACGGCUGCGGUAUCUGCCGGGUCGGCGGCCGCGACCGGUUCUUCCACUGCGAGCGCUGCAACAUGUGCUUACCGGUUCAGCUGCAGCAAGUCGGACACAGGUGCGUGGAGAACGUGUCCCGGUCGAACUGCCCCGUGUGCCUGGAGGACAUCCACACGUCGCGCAUCCCGUGCCACAUCCCGGACUGCGGCCACCUGCUGCACCGGCCCUGCUUCGAGCAGCUGCUGCACUCCGGACACUACGCCUGCCCCACCUGCCAGACCAGCAUGAUCGAUAUGACCAAUUUAUGGAGUUACCUAGACUCGGAGGUGGCGGCGACGCCGAUGCCCCCAGAGUACGCCGACUACAAGGCCACCAUCCUCUGCAAGGAUUGUCAUAAGCUGUCUACAGUAAAGUUCCACGUGGUAGGGCUGAAGUGCCAGCACUGCGGCGCCUACAACACGUGCCAGACUAAUGGGUUUCAUAAGGACUCAACAAGUUCUGAGUCUGGCGACUCGUCCACAGCGACGUCGACGUCCACAAGCCGCAGCGGGUCCGCGGCCGUGACGUUCCCCGAGGCCGCGGAACCCGAGCACUCCGCCGACCUGCCGCGCGCCAACCCGCUUGACGAACCGCCGCAGGCCUGACACAUCGUGUAAACGUCACCGCGUCAUCGCGUCAGCGCGUCAUCAUGUACCGCGCACGAAAUAGUGUGACGAAGUGCGUCCAAGUAAUAUGUUCACGCAAUACCAUGCUAUUAAAUUAUUAUCGUUAACUUUUGUCCACCCAAUGCGGAGUCUGUAGGUCAAUUUUGGCGCAGAAUACGUUAUGCAAUAUAAAAUUUCGCUUGUAUCAUAUACUGCUAGGUUUAUAAUUUGUAUAAAUUGUAAAGUUUAAAAUAGGUUUCGAGUACACGUCAACUGUUUUUUUAAUCGCAUGUUAAUGCUUCAAUAUACACUUAAAAAUAUUCUGGUAGCAUUCUUUCUUUUUUAAUUUAGCCGUCUACUAUCGUUCUUAAAGCGUUUUAAUACUUUGGUAUUACCAGGUCAGUCCAAAGUUGCCAGUGAGAAAAUUUGUAUUGAAGAAUAUUAUUGUAGGACGGAAGUUUUUGAUAUCGUAAGUAUAAUUUGUAUCUGUGAGAUCUACCUUAGGUUAAUGGUUUAGUUUUGGAGGAGGCUAGAUAUUUCUCAAUAUUUAGGGAAGGUUUUAAUAGAAAAUCCUCGCAAUUUAAAAGUAAACUCUGUGUCGUGUUAUUAAAGUUCAAAAUGGCAAGACAUGUCAUAACCAUUUCUGAUACAAUGACAGUUUUAAGUGAUUUAUUCUUAAAUUGCGAGUAUGUUGUCAGUUCCGCCUUCAAUACAAUUCAUCUUAUGAAAGAAAGCAAUCUGUUAGGAACAAAUUUUACAAGUUUUUCAUCAAUUAUAACUUAAAUACUCUUUUGGAUUAAAGAAUUGACUUCUUAUAAAUUUAUAAAAAAAUCAAUUACGAUUAUCUUUUUAAAGUUAUUUAAUAAUUGCGUAGAUUUCUUAAAUUAAAUAUCUGUAAAUAGCUUUUUUGCUCAGUCAAAAUCCUUCUUUUAAGGCUCAAAAUUCUGUAUUCUUCAAGAAAAUACUAUUAACAUUCUUUGUGAUAGCAACAUACAAGCUUUGCUAAUACUAGACUUUAAAUUGUGUAUUUGAAGCAGAGUGUUUCUAGAUCUUUCUUCAUACUUACGACAUAAUUAAGGCCGCUCCAAGUGAUGUCUACCGCCAUCUUAACUCCCAGAGGCAGGGACGCAACGUCAGUAACUACCUACAGGCCUUACCUAGUUCGUCCUUACUGAUUAAAAACUAUUAAGGUCAGCUGUUGCUGUUAAAAGUUAAGAAGGUAGCACUACUCGGUACUGAUAGUGAUGCGAAGGCUAUUUCGUGAAAACAAAAUAAUAUAAACUGAAGUCAUUGGCCUCACUGCACAUGCUGGCGAUAUCGUACAAAUAAUAUAAAGGAUCUGAAGCCAUUAGCGAUGUCAAUACAAGCUCUUAUUAUGUCCACCUGUCACUUUGUCUGUUUAUCAAUCAUGUAAGUUUAAUUCUACUUGACGGCUUCCGAUUGAGCUCAAAUUUCGACGGUAUAAUAAUAUGUAGAUACAUUGCGUGACUGAUAUUGGAACUGAAAGGUGGCUAUAGGAGUACCGCUUUGAUUCAUUUGCACUGUCUUGAAAAAUACUUUGAUCCCUCUUGAUCUUCUGACCUUAAGUUUCAUUAUUUAAUUAAUUCGUUUGAUUAUUACUUCGGCCCCAUCGCACUCAAAUUAUACUAGUUCCUGGCUUCAUUGUUAUCGAAAACAAAUGACGUGACUUUAGUUAUAACAUACCUUUCUAGAAAAAUAUAUUGAACACUGGUCCGCAAUAAGCUAAGAUUUGGGUGUUAAGAUAUUUAAGUUGAGAUAAUGCUUAGCUUCAUUGCAAUAUUGUGAUAUGACGACAUUCACCUCUGCUUUGGAAGAUUGGGCAGCAUAAUAUGUUCAAAAUAUAUAAUCCAGAGGUAAGUUUAAACAAAGAGCUGUGGACUUAUCUUGGACUUAAUUAGUUUUUUAGUAUCAUUUUGAUAUAAUUCAUUUUAAUACUAUUUAAUAUUACAUGCCUGUUAAUGAAGGCGCCAAUAAUUUGCAAGAAAGAUAAUGAGGGUAUGUCGAAGCUAAGUCCAUGAUUGUUUGGUUAAACUUUAAACCUUAUAUAUUGAAAAUUGUGAUUAUUUUUGCCCGAGGAUGUCCCUAAAUGAAACUAUUGAUAAUCAUCAGUAACACACAAUACAUGCAUAUUAUUUUAUCAGUAUAUUCGGAGUGGUAUGAUCAGUAAAACACUCACAUUUAUCUUUACCGGUGACCGAAAUCGGAACUAAUGUGUGUGUGUGUGUAAUGACAGCGACGUUAGCGACACUGUCGCCGGCACAGAUAACUUUGUCGUAUUGAUGUAUUUGAUAGGGACAAGUGUUGCUACGUUACAAAAAUCCAAGGGAAUUAAAUUGUGAUUAAGCUUCUUAUAUUUAUUAAUAACGGUGAUUUGUGGACUUAUCGUUUAAACGAUUUUCAUGUUUUGGCGGAUAACAUGGCAUCACCAUUUUUUUUUAUUGUUGAAGCUUUCGUUGCGUUCCAUAUAUUUAUAUUCGAAUCGUUCAGUUAAUAUUAAUAUUAUUUUGUUUUUAUUUUUGUAUUCUUUAGCGGUUAUAAGAAGCUGUUUGCUUAGGUUAAGUUUUGUAAAGAUGAGAUAUAAGCAGUAAUAACAAUCGGAGUGAUCUCUUUCUUGGAUACUAAGAAGCAAUAAACAUUCAUUAUUAUUUCAGUUGCAGCCAACUUUAUUUGUUAUAGUAUUGUAGAUGUUAUGCAAGCAAUUUUAUGCUUUAUGCCCUUGCCGUAGGUGUCUUUUUACAAUACAUACUGAGAUACCACGUGUUACGUUUUUGUUUUAAAUGGGACGGAACUAUUUGUUAUUUUAUCUAAUAGAUUAUUGUGAUAUUUUCUUGACAAAGAUGAUCGGCUAAGGAUUCGAAUCCAACAUUGACGUGUUUUCAGCGUAGUAACCAAAAUCAGUCUCUUUUACAGACGGAUUAAUUGUCACACGUCAGCUCAACCUAACUGAACUCUUUCUUCUGCCUAUAUCGCAUUUGCUGCACUGACAAUUUAUUUGAAAUUGGACUUUAUUGAAAAGUACUAGGAUUGAUUAUUGCGAGUGUAGGUUAUAAGUCGGAAAGAAAUUAAUGUUACCUUACCUAUGCUUGUCAUGAGAUUAAGACGGGUUGACCGUAACAAUAUAUUUCCAACAUUUAUUAAUCAUAAAUUGUUAAAUUAAAGAAUAUUUCUACUGAGGAGCAAAUUAACAGCAGUUUAAAUAAUAUUUAUUAUUUACGUUUUUUCGCUUAGCUAUAUUAUACUUUAAGUCUUGUUAUAAUCACAAAUACCUUAGCAUAAGGUGUGUCCAAACUGUGAAUAUUUUCUUAAUAUUAAAUUAAUUAUUAAA